GCUGAACGGGCCGGUCGAGGCGACGCAGGCGAGGUUGACUGACUCCGCAAGCAGCAGAAUUUCAGGAUGCCGUCCGCCCUCCCUCUGCCCUCGCCCUGCCCUCCCCGCGCCCUCAAUUGCUCCUGUCCCCGCGACUGCAGCCCCAGCCUGCCCGGACGCGCCUCGUCAUGCAGCAAUCCAGGACCCGCGCCAUCGCCGCCCUCAAGGGCUCGCGCGCCUUUUCCACCUCGGCCGCACGAGCGCAGUCAUCGCUCACCCGCCCUGCCCCGGCCGCCGCCGCAAAGGUCGUCAAGGAGGAUGUCCGCACACAGAGCACCGCCGCCGCCUCGACGCCGGCGCGCGCCCGCCCCGCGCCCGCCUUCAACCGCGAGGACUACGGCAGCGUGCAGCCCUUGAAGCCGUACCGCGCGCCCGAGAUGGACCACUCGUUUGUCGGCAUGACGGGCGGCCAGAUCUUCCACGAGAUGAUGCUGCGCCAGGGCGUCAAGCACAUCUUCGGCUACCCUGGCGGCGCUAUUCUGCCCGUCUUCGAUGCCAUCUACCAGUCGCCGCACUUCGACUUCAUCCUGCCGCGCCACGAGCAGGGCGCCGGCCACAUGGCCGAGGGCUAUGCCCGUGCCAGCGGCAAGCCCGGCGUCGUGCUCGUCACCUCGGGCCCCGGCGCCACCAACGUCGUCACCCCCAUGCAGGACGCCCUGAUGGACGGCACCCCCAUGGUCGUCUUCUCCGGCCAGGUCGUCACCAACAUGAUCGGCUCCGACGCCUUCCAGGAGGCCGACACCAUUGGCAUCACCCGCGCCUGCACAAAGUGGAACGUCAUGGUCAAGAACAUUGCCGAGCUGCCCAAGCGCAUCAACGAGGCCUUUGAGAUUGCCACCAGCGGCCGCCCGGGCCCCGUCCUCGUCGACCUGCCCAAGGACGUCACCGGCGGCACCCUCAACCGCCCCAUCCCCAUCUCCAGCACCCUGCCGCCCUCCACCAGCGCCGCCACCUUGGCCGCGCGCGAGGUCUCCAAGCAGCAGCUCGAGGCUUCCAUCCGGAGGGCCGCCGAUCUGAUCAACGUGGCCAAGAAGCCCGUCAUCUACGCCGGCCAGGGCAUCCUCCAGACCCCCAACGGCCCCGAGCUCCUGAAGGAGCUCGCCGACAAGGCCAACAUCCCCGUCACCACCACCCUCCAGGGCCUCGGUGGCUUUGACGAGCUCGACCCCAAGUCCCUGCACAUGCUCGGCAUGCACGGCUCGGCCUACGCCAACAUGGCCAUGCAGGAGGCCGACUUGAUCCUGGCUCUCGGUGCCCGCUUCGACGACCGCAUCACCGGCGCCGUCGCCAAGUUCGCGCCCGCCGCCAAGGCUGCCGCCGCUGAGGGCCGUGGUGGCAUUGUCCACUUCGAGAUUAUGCCCAAGAACAUCAACAAGGUCAUCCAGGCCACCGAGGCUGUUGCCGGCGACGUCGGCUCGAGUCUGACCCAGAUGAUGCCCCUGGUCAACAUCGUCAAGGACAGGCCCGAGUGGUUUGCCCAGAUUGCCGACUGGAAGAAGCGCUUCCCGUGGGCCUACGAGAAGGAGGGCGAGAACGGCCUGAUUAAGCCUCAGACCGUCAUCGAGACCCUCUCCAACCUGACUGCCCCCAUCAAGGACAAGACCAUCAUCACAACCGGUGUCGGACAGCAUCAGAUGUGGGCUGCUCAGCACUUCCGAUGGACCCACCCGCGCACCAUGAUCACCUCCGGAGGUCUCGGUACUAUGGGUUACGGUCUGCCCGCGGCCAUUGGUGCCAAGGUCGCCCGCCCCGACUGCCUGGUCAUUGACAUUGACGGAGACUCUUCCUUCUCCAUGACCCUGACUGAGCUGUCCACUGCCGCCGAGUUCAACAUUGGCUGCAAGGUCAUCAUCCUCAACAACGACGAGCAGGGUAUGGUUACGCAAUGGCAGACUCUCUUCUUCGAGGACCGCUUCUCGCACACACAUCAGCGGAACGCCGACUUUGUCAAGCUCGGCGACGCCAUGGGUGUCCAGGCCAAGCGUGUCAUCAAGCCUGAAGAGCUCGAGGGUGCCCUGAAGUGGCUGAUCGAGUCGGACGGCCCUGCCCUGCUCGAGGUCGUCACCGACCAGAAGGUCCCCGUGCUGCCCAUGGUACCGACAGGCAGCGCUCUGCACGAGUUCCUGGUAUACGACGAAGAGACACAAAAGAAGCGCAGAGCUCAGACCAAGGAAAGAUCGGGUCGCUAAGCUGCUAGCGCCUCUACUUGUAUAUUGCCGUUUGUAAUUUCUGGGUCAGCUUGGGCGUUUAAUUGUUGUCUUGUCUCAUUGGCGGAGCACCGCACGGAAAAGUCGCGUGGAGCGCAAAAGUCACGGAAGGAGGGUUGUCGGGACCACUGGUUGCUGUCAGACUGCAUGAGUAGAUUGGAUUGGGUCGUUGCAUUGAGCAUAGUCGUGCGGCUGGGAGUGCCGUUCCAUGGUAGAGAUAUCGAGUCAUUCCAUGGUUGAGUCGCAUUUUGUAGCCUUGCCUAUUGAAUGUGUUGUCUGGUUUUCAACAGCCUCAAUCAUUUUUGCAUAAAGUCACAUCACAGCUCUUACCAUCGCGUCGCAGAGCAUCCAUCUUCCACGCCUUCAAGCAGACAUCCCG